UAAAGAAUGACCUAUUGCACCUUAAUAACGGUAUUUUCAGCACAGUUUUUAUGAGUAGUUUCUGUAAUCUUGGGAAAUACGUGAGAAACUACAAGUCAUUUCACUGCAACAGCUUUUUAGCAGAGUAUGGCACAAUCUUUUGACCAUGGAAAUGUUGUAAGAGUCAGACCUAAAUAUAACUAACGACCACCCUCUUAACUCUGCGCUCGUGUGAGGACAGAGAGCGCGUGUUCCUUCAGCAAGUGUCACACCAAAACAGCUACAAGAAGUUGAGGCGUGAAAGAUGGAGGAGCAUUCUGUUGUAAAAAAGCGCUCUGUGGCUGAACUAGCUGGAAAAUUCAGUCGUCCAAUAUCCCACAUGACAGACGCUGAAAACAAGCCUGUGAGGAGGAGACCCCCACGCUCACUGCAGCUGCCUGCUGGUAAUGAUGCAGGUCAAGGCCAGGAUGAGAAAGGAGCUGAAACAGUAUCAACCAGGAAGAACAGAAACUCUGCCCUCAUUGAGAAACUGCAGGCCAGCCUUACGCUUUCUCCCACGGGACCUCCGCCCUUCCCAAAGAGCCCAGGGGUGGUGAAAUUACCGGUGGCGUCCAUCUCCCCCGUCUCUCCCAGCAGCCCCUCUAGUCCUCCCGUAACUGUCACGCCCAAACAGGAGGAAACCCCUGCCAGCUUUGAGAGUCCCACUGACGGAACUGUUCUCAAAAGCAUCAACAAGGGUAGAGCUCGACAUUCCAUCAAGCGGCGCCCUCAGUCUCGCCGACACAGGAAGUCCAGUGCAGAUGAAGGCGGAGAAGAUGUGGAUAAAACAGCCUCAGCCACCCUCGAUCAAACGACUCCAAAUGGGCAUGAAGGAGACGUGUUUGAAGAACACAAGACGUCACCAGAUGUAGAAUCUCUCUCCUCUAAAGAGCAGAUUGAGCAGGAAACUAAACCUACGGAUUCAGAGAAGCCAGAUCCGGAGGAAAAAGUGGAGAUUGUGAUUUCAGAAAAGAAAGAUGGAGAAGAGAAAGAAGAGAAAACAGAACCAGAGCUAAAGGAAGAGAAAAGUGAAGAUGAAACGCAGCUGGAUAACAGUACAGAAGAAACACGCGAAGAGCUAGUCACGCAACCACAAACAGAUGAGAAAGAAGAGGAACAGAAAGAAGAUGAAGUAAACCAUUAGAGCCAAGAGUGUAAAGUCUCUAAAUAGAAAAAAAGGUCAAAUCUGCCUUAGACCGAAGAACUCCCUUAAACUCACUGCUUAACCGUAGAAAAGACAUCAGGAGAAGAUGAAAUAAUGUGAAUUGGUUUGAGACUUCUUGUCCAUGUCUAACAUUUGAGUCGUUUGAAUGUGCAAGUGAAACCUGCAGGUGCAGAGAACAACAGUAUUUUCCCUCCUGUACAGUUGUAUUAAUGUUCUGAGCCGCUUGUAUGAAUUUACACAUUCGUUUGAUUUGAGAUCAUAUGGGAUUUGGUUUGGUUUUUACUUUUGUAUAUAAUUAUUAGUCUCCACUAAAGGACAUAUUUUUUUUAUUGUUUUUGUUGUUCAUAGUUGUAUUCCUAUCAAAAAUAUGAAUAGUUGAUCGUUGAGACUUGCAGAAAAAAAAAUGGGAAUAUGAAAAAAAAAAUCACAUUUCCAUGAUUAAGAUGGAAAGUUCUGGUUCUAGAGAAGACUUACCUCGAGGUCAUGACCCUAGGCUGGUCCUAUUCUGCAUAAGAUCUGACCUUUAGACAAAAUAUUUGCUAAAAAUACGUACAAAUAACUAGGUAUCUGUUUAUAUAUGUUCAGUGCAGAAGUACCAGAAAUAUUGUAUUUCUCUUAUAAAAUCUCUUAAUCAGGGCACUGACAGAUUUUCCGCGUUAGACCUGUUCUCUGGAUCUCUGGGAUCUGUGCUGACCUCAUGGAAGCUCUAGUGAGGGACAGAUUAUCAUUUAAGUAGAGCUCUGUAGCUCUCUCAUUAAGCAUGUGUUCUGUGUUUUAAAAUUGGCCCUGACUACAGACUAGAAUACUUAACUAUGGCAUAGACCCAAAUAUCAUGCUGCUUUUAUAAAUCCUGAAAGGAUUCAAUAUUGUUCAGAAAUGGCAAUUUUGGCAGAUUAAUUAAAGAUUAGAUUCAGAUAUUCAAGGUCAGGGGAGGAAGGAUUAUGGUGGAUCAACUCAUGCUUCCUAAUCUGGCUAUUACUGAAAUACUACCAGACUUUUGGUUUGUCCUGAUUGCUAAUAUUGUCAUGCAAAGUCUGAUGUAAAUAAAUAAAUAAAUGAAAAUGAUGAGGAUAACAAUCAUUGCUAUGAGAAUUUGAAAAUGAUUUUCACAGAAGUGUCUAUUGGGUGGAAUUACAGCCUGUUCACUUUUUGCUUCACUGUUCUGACUGGACAAUAUAUGUAAUAUUAUAAUACAAAUUAAUAUUGAUAUUCAUACUUUCAUUACAGUUGAUACUAUGUAUUAAAUCUUUUCCAAGUUUAAGUAUAACAUCCUCCUCUUGCUCUGAUUGGUGUUCAGUGUCAGGUUUGAGCAUGCAUACGGCACACAAGCUAAUCACAUUUCAGUGUUUUUUAUAUAAUUAUGUAAGUAUGUUUGCAUGUGUUGCACUUUGAUCAUUAAUGUGUUCAUUUGUUUAGUUCCUUCACGUGACGUUUGAUUGAGUCGCUGCUGGUAAUCUCGGCAUAGCAAAUUUACCUUAAUUUACUGGUAGACCUUUAGAAAUGGCAGGAGUUGAGAGGUUCAGGCUGACGCUCACAAUGAACGUUUGAGCUAAUGACAACAGUCACUUAAUCCCAUUUACUGCAGUGGAUACAAAGCACAUUAAGACCCUAAUGAAGAGCACAGAUCUGCCUCGUCACCACUUUCAAGUGAGAAAAGUCAGUGAUCGGACUGGCAUGCGGACAAAAUGAAGCUGGGUCAUAUCAGGUCAUAUCACCAGUGGUUAUGUGACAACUCCAUUACCUAUAAAUUGCAAAAUAUGCUUUCUCACCAUUCAUUUCUGUUUAAUUCAGAGUGCUUUAUAUGCAUUGACAGAAAAUAAAAGCGAAGU